AUUACUCCUGGCGUACAUCAGUAGAAUACGAGACUCUGCGAGAAAGAGAUCGUUAGCGCGUCAUUCAUUGUUUACACAAAAGCAGAAAAAUAAGCUUUUAAUCAGAAAAGCGUUUUAGCAGAAUGCCGCCGAAAAAGCGAAAGAACGAAACUGAAAAUGAUCCUGCCCACAAAAAAGGUAGAAAGAAGCUGGAGAACUCCAAUGGUUCUCACGCUGCCCCAAUAGAAAGUGAUAUAACAGAAGAUGGGCUUUACGCAGACUUUAAAUUGGAAGCACCCGACGAAAGUGGUGAAUUGCUUUUUAGCGGUUGCGCAAAUUGGGAUAUGGUAGGAAGAAAUAGAGUACCAAAUGCUGUGAAAAACAAUGGUGGGAAAAAUUUAUACACUCCACAUAGAAUUGCUUCUUUACAAGGUAUUAGAAUAAGGAUGGUUGUUGCUGGGUGUUCCGCCGCACACCUCUUUGUAAUUUCAACUGAAGGAAAAGUCUACUCAUGGGGAAGAAAUGAAAAAGGUCAAUUAGGUCACGGAGAUACUGAACGAAAAGAUAAACCAUCGCCUGUUGAAAGCCUUUUUACUAUGAAUGUCGUUGACGGAGCCGUUGGAAAGAAUCACACAAUAUUUUUAACCGAUAAAGGAAGAUUGCUUUCGUGUGGGGAUAAUAAAAUGGGACAAUUGGGUCUGGGCCAUCAGAGUAAUCAUGUACCCAGUCCAACUCUGGUGGCGCAUUCAGGUCCACCAAUAAAAAAAGUAGCUUGCGGUGGUGAAUUUUCUAUGGCAGUCGAUAUCAGAGGAAAUUUAUAUUCCUUUGGUCAUCCAGAAUAUGGCCAGUUAGGACAUAAUACGGAUGGAAAAUACUUCAUUACCAGCAACAAGCUAGCUUAUAACUGCGAACUUAAGCCGAGAAAGGUAGCUGUAUUUAUCGAAAAAUCAAGAGACGGUACAGUUACACCAGUUUUGGAUGUUGAAAUAGAACAAAUAGCCUGUGGUGUAAAUCAUACAUUAGCAUGCGAUUCAAAUAAAAGAUUAUAUACAUGGGGUUUUGGCGGUUAUGGUCGACUAGGCCAUGCCGAACCUAAAAAUGAGCUCGUUCCACGUCUCGUCAAAGCAUUUCAAGGUCCAAAUCAAGGGGUAACCCAAAUUCAGUGUGGUUCUCAAUUUUCACUUGCAGUUGGAUGUGCCUCACAGCUCUAUAUGUGGGGUCAGCAAAAGCCUACGGGGGAAGCCACAAUGUAUCCUAAACCUGUUCAGGAUCUAAGUGGAUGGAACAUACGGAGCAUUGGUUGCUGCUAUAAAAGUAUAGUUGUCGCUGCCGACGAAAGCGUAGUCAGCUGGGGACCAAGUCCAACUUUCGGCGAAUUGGCAUCUGGAGAGCCAAAGUCUUGUACCACUCCAAGCGAAUCGAGACCUCUGGAAAACAUUUAUAUCAAGAAAGUCGCUUGUGGAUUUAGUCAUUCAUUAUUUCUGGCAAGGGACGAAGAGGAGGAAGAAAAGAAACGUAUCGCCAGCCUCCCAGUUUUCGAUCCUUAG